AAUGCUGGCCAAUCUUCUGUGAGUAACUUACAUUGGUGUCGUUAUGCUGAUGGUAAAUAUCCAACGAGUUUUCUGAGAGUUAGAAUGCAGAAAACCAUGCACAAAUAUGCAGCAAUUUUCAGAGAAGAAAGUUAUUUGAAUGAAGGCUGUGAAAAGAUGCUGGAAAUAUUCACAAUGUACAGACAUUUGAAAACUAAAGACAGGGGUCUUAUAUUCAACACUGAUCUAGUUGAGGCCUGGGAAUUGAACAAUUUAAUGAUUAAUAGUGUUCAGACAAUUUUCGCUGCCAAAGCUCGAAAGGAAAGCAGAGGAUCACAUUAUAGGGAAGAUCACAAAGUAAGAAUAGAUGAAUUCGAUUUUAGCAAGCCUUUAGAGGGCCAGGAAAGAAGAACUUUUGAUGAACAUUUCAGGAAACAUUCGCUUACAAAGGUCAAUUUUCAAACAGGAGAGGUAAACUUGUACUAUCGACCAGUGAUAGAUCAAACUUUAGAUCCUAAAGAAUGCCCUCAUGUACCCCCAGCGAUAAGAAAAUAUUGAAAUAAAAAUUUUCUCAUGAAAUUUUGAAGUGUAGAUAAUAACAAAAAUUAUAUCAGUCAUUUUUAUUCUA